AUGCCUCUGUCUGGUCCGGCUCUAACGGCGCCGCCGGCAGCGCUGGCGCGCGAGUUUGCCACGCGGAAGGACAACUUCCUCCGGAAGCCGGACAAAAGUCCCAAGGGGGACUGGGAUCCCAGGGUCUCCGAAAUCUGUGAGGAGUUGAACAGAAGGGAUGACUUUUUCACCACCUCCUCUUGCUCCGGUCGCUGUUUUCUCUGGAGGGGCAGGCAUCACCAGAACGGCCUGCGAGGCUUUCAGCGCCUGCGUGUGAGCCACGAUCCGGUGGAGGAGGGGUUCUUCAACCUCAGAGAUCUCGAGAAGGAGGAUGCCCAGGGGCCCGUUUGGCUCUCGGUGCAGGCUUUCAUCCUCCAUGUGUGCUGCCGCCAGCUGCGUGCGGCAAAGCAGCUCAUCAACAAGGCCAGCAAGCACCUGGAGUUUGCUGGGCUCUACUCCUGGCGCGCGGCCGGGGGUAAGUUCAUGGUGGAGAUCCAGGGCGGCGAGCACCUGGAGUUUCCGGUCAGCUGCAGCGGCCGUUCGCUCUUCGACGCAAGAGGACGCUGGCUCCGCGAGGUGGUGAACGCGAGGCUGCAGCGAAAUUGGGACCAGAUGGCUGGCUUCUUGCACGAGCUGCGGACUGAGCCAUCCGAGGCAGAGCCCCUUCUCCGCACUUCGGAGGCAGAUGGACCCAGCAGCGCAGGUGCGGUGGUCGACCAUGCCGCCUUGGCAGCGACAGGCUGCCCGGCGCUGGCCGCACAGCCCGGCGUGGCCGUGCUUGGCUGCCUCCCGGCCCAGCUACGCGCUGUGCAGGGCUCCGCUGAUGAGAGCUCUCAGCUCCUGGGCUCUUGGUGGCACCUGGAGCCGCGAAGCCUCGCCUUGCGCUGCCGGGACCGCCGAGCUGCCGGUGAGGUGAUGCAAGCAGCGGGCACACUCUUCAGAAAGCCGGAGCUGCGUCCCCUCCCCGGGGGCGCCUGGCGCUUGCGCCUCCACGGGACGGAGCGGAUGUCGUUGCCGCCGCUUCGACUCCGAUCUUGA